AUUUUAAACAAAUUUGAAUUCUUAAUUCAUAUUUCGAAAACACCUAAAACACACAUUUGCCUAUAAAAACCACAAACACCACCCAACGUUCUCCACAUUCAUCUUCAAGUCUCUCUCAACCUCCAUCUUAUACAGGAGGUGAAAAAUGGCAAAAAUGGCAAAAGUUUCUCCAUCUACAUUGGUGAUUAUUGUGAUGUGUUGUUAUUGGGCUACCAUUGCUGCAUCACAAAGCAUGAAAUACAAAGACCCUAAGCAACCGUUAAAUGUUCGAAUAAAAGACUUGCUGAGCCGAAUGACGUUGGAGGAGAAAAUCGGCCAAAUGACACAAAUCGACAGAUCUGUAGCUUCUGCUGAUGUAAUGCAGAAAUACUUCAUUGGGAGUAUAUUGAGUGGUGGUGGGAGUGUUCCGGCUAAAGAAGCGUCCCCGGAGAUGUGGAUUGAUAUGAUAAACGGGUUCCAAAACGGGUCAUUAGCGACCCGUUUAGGCAUACCCAUGAUUUAUGGCAUUGAUGCUGUCCAUGGUAACAACAAUGUUUAUAAAGCUACAAUUUUUCCUCACAAUGUUGGUCUUGGAGUAACAAGGGACCCUGAAUUGAUCAAGAAAAUCGGUGCAGCAACGGCGCUUGAAGUGAGAGCAACAGGGAUUAACUACGCAUUUGCACCGUGUAUCGCGGUUUGCAGAGAUCCAAGAUGGGGUCGUUGCUUCGAAAGCUACAGUGAAGAUCCGGCAAUUGUUCGUCAAAUGACCGAACUUAUACCCGGUUUACAAGGAGAUAUUCCGGCCAAUGGUCGCAAAGGCGUACCUUAUGUUGGUGGAAAAGAAAAGGUGGUGGCAUGUGCAAAGCACUUCGUCGGCGAUGGUGGCACGACGAAAGGCAUCAACGAGAACAACACCGUUAUAAGCCCGCAUAACUUAUUCAGCAUUCAUAUGCCGGCAUACUAUGAUUCAGUGCUCAAAGGCGUCGCGACCAUUAUGAUCUCGUACUCUAGCGUAAAUGGAGCUAAAAUGCAUGGAGAUCAUCAACUCGUCACUAAUUUCUUAAAGAACGACGUCAAAUUCAGAGGAUUUGUGAUCUCGGACUGGCAAGGGAUCGAUAGGAUAACUGACCCGCCUCAUGCUAACUACACUUACUCAAUUUUACGUAGUGUCGAGGCUGGUCUAGACAUGAUCAUGGUACCGUUAAAUUAUACAGAGUUCAUCGACGGGUUGAGUUAUUUGGUGACAAAUAACUUUAUCCCCAUGAGCCGAAUCGAUGAUGCGGUUAAGAGGAUUUUACGGGUCAAGUUUGUGAUGGGCUUGUUUGAGAACCCGUUAGCGGAUACGACAAUGGUUAAACAUCUUGGAAGUCAUGAGCACCGUGAACUGGCUCGGGAAGCAGUUAGGAAAUCUUUAGUCUUGUUGAAGAAUGGUAGAACCGCCACCGAACCGCUGCUUCCCCUCCCGAAAAAGUCGGCCAAAAUACUCGUUUCCGGGACGCAUGCCGAUGACAUUGGUAACCAGUGUGGUGGUUGGACCAUCGAGUGGCACGGACAAAGCGGAAAUAUUACAAUAGGUACCACUAUUCUAUCCGCCAUCAAGAACACGGUUGAUCCAACAACCGAAGUUGUAUAUCAAGAAAACCCGACACCCGAAUUCAUCAAAUCCAAUAACUUCUCUUACGCCAUUGUGGUAACAGGGGAGCACCCGUAUUCUGAAACAGUUGGGGACAGCUUGAACCUAACCAUACCCGAACCAGGCCCGACAACAAUCACAAACGUAUGUGGAGCCGUGAAGUGUGUCGUUGUGCUGAUUACAGGCAGACCGGUUGUGAUCGAACCGUAUGUUUCCAACAUGGAUGCGUUGGUGGCGGCUUGGCUUCCGGGCAGUGAGGGUCAAGGUGUGGCUGAUGUUUUGUAUGGUGAUUAUGGUUUUACGGGUAAGCUUGCGCGUACGUGGUUCAAGACGGUUGAUCAGUUGCCGAUGAAUGUGGGUGACCCGCAUUAUGACCCGUUGUACCCGUUUGGAUUCGGGAUUACUACUGAACCGGUUAAAUCAAGUUAGAGGUUAAUUAUUGUUUUAGAUUUGAAGAUGUGUAUUUAAUGUGUUUUUAGGAAUUAAGGUUUUGCAUUUGGUUACUGGGUGCCUGUUUUUUAUUCUCUAGUAUAUGCAAAUAAUGUUUUUUUUAGUAAAAUAAAUAAUCUUAAUUGAGAAAUAGUUGUGAUUA